AUAUCACUUGCUGCCACACUGGAUGUGCGUCAUUUUCAGAAACGCCGCGAAUAUUUUGCCAUUGAAAUCUAGUUAAGCACUGGAAUUUCGCAACGCGCAGCAGCAAAGCAAACAACAAACAUGUCGGGCACAACGCAGAAACACAGGAACUUCGUUGCGGAGCCGAUGGGCAACAAGUCGGUGACGGAACUGGCCGGAAUUGGGGAAACGCUCGGUGGACGCUUGAAAGACGCUGGAUUCGAUAUGGCCUACACCGUGUUGGGACAGUAUCUGGUGCUGAAAAAGGACGAGGAGCUCUUCAAGGACUGGAUGAAGGAGGUGUGCCACGCCAGCUCCAAGCAGGCAUCCGAUUGCUACAACUGCCUCAACGAUUGGUGCGAGGAGUUCUUGUAAGAGGUGGACACACAAGCCAUCCGAGUAAUUCGAUCAAAAGGAAUCUGCUAAAGGCAUCGGCCAAACAUUUUUAUUCGCAGUCAACGAAAGUGGCCGCAAUGCUAGCUAAGCAUUUGCCGUGUUCACUGUUAGUAUGUAUAGCUGUAAGGUGUAAUUUAAAUAAAUGUACAGUCAUGGAAA